GGUCAGAGUUCUCUUUUUGUAUAUGAUCUGACUAUUGUCCAUUUGCAUAUUCAGUCUCUCCGGAGAGUAAAGCAGAAGAGGAGACUAAGAGGGAACAGCAAGAGGUAGGAGGAAGAGCAAGGAAAAACACCAUCCUGGAGUAGAGCGGGUAGCCGGGAAGGCGGAAGUGCGGGGGCUUCCGGUCGGCGUGAGCAGCGUGCGGUGUCUGAGUUCCUGGGUUUUCUCAGCUUUCCAGGUAAAAUAUGGCUAAAAGUUUACGGAGUAAGUGGAAAAGGAAGAUGCGUGCUGAAAAGAGAAAAAAGAAUGCCCCAACGGAGCUCAGCAGACUUCAAAGUAUUCUUAAAGUAGAUGGUGAUGUUUUAGUGAAAGACGUUCAAGAGAUAGCAACUGUGGUGGUACCCAAACAUUGUCAUGAGAAAACGCAAUGUAUGGUGAAAGAUGAAACAGAUGACAUGAAAAUGGAGACUGAUAUUAAGAGAAACAAAAAGACUCUCCUAGACCAGCAUGGGCAGUACCCUGUAUGGAUGAAUCAGAGGCAAAGAAAAAGGCUGAAAGCAAAGCAAGAGAUAAAGAAAGGAAAAAGCAAAGCAAAAGCCAUCAAGGCAGCAAAGGGUUUGGCCUGGUAGACCCUUAACAAUUUGAAAAAUGCCGCAUGGGACAGGUCUUUGAUUAGAAUGUAUACAUUGAUUUCAGCUUCCACCAAAUGGAAACUUUGUUUCCAUUUUUUAACUUGGCCCUUUUCUUCAAUUCAAGCCCAACGUAACUCCUCAAAUUUGUCUUGGUAACUUGAAUAAAAUAUUUUCUUUGAUGAAUGAAAGCUACACUGAUAUUUUAAUUGAAUGCUAUCCAAUAUGCAGGGAUUAUCAGACAUCAGAAUUCUCUCGAGUAUUAAUGUGGUUGUAAUCAUUCAGUCU